AUGAGUAGUUUAGUUAAAAAUCAAUCCUCAACUAAGAUUAACUUUAAAAAGCUGAUAAAGAAACUAAUAAUGAAAAUGAAUAGAGAGUUGGAUAAAAAUUAAGAAGAAGCUGCAUAUCAUAUAAAUCGGGGUGCGUUAGCUUGUUUUACUACGUUAUGCAACACUUUGAGUAUAAAUAAUCGAGUGAUGUAAGUCUUGAUGUUCUAAUUAGUGAAGUAAAUUUAUCAGGAUGUAACAUUAAUGUAUAUUAUGCAAUUGAGAUUAGUGGUUUAAUAUAAAAAAACACAAAUAUAUAAAUAUUAAACUUAGGAAGCUGUUUGAUAAAUUCAUUUGGACUAAGCUGUAUAUUUAAAGCAGUAUAAAUAUUAUAUAAAUAAACCAGUUAAUAGAUCAUUCAGGAUUGAAGAUCUUAAAUUUGUUUAACAAUUAAGCAUUUACAACUGCAAUAGUCCAAGAUUUUUGUAGAUAUGUUUUAUGUGGUAAGAAUUAGUUAUAAGAAAUAAAUUUAUCUCAUUGUAACAUUCAAAACUCUUUAUUAGCAUAAAUUAUGGAUAAAACUCAUCAUUUAAGUUCUUUGAGGUAUAAAAAUUCAGUAAAUAAUUUAGACGAUUAAAAUUAUCUUUGAUGUGUUUAAAUUCUGAAGGAAUUAUAGCUUUAUCAAGUAUGAUGCUCAAUUAUACAGGUAAACUAAAUUUGGAUAAUUUGGAUAUAUCAUAUAAUUAGAUAAAAAAUGAUGGAAUAGAAUUAUUAGCUAAAGGUUUAUUUAUGUCAGUUAGAUAAAUAAGAAUAAAAUCAUUGAAUUUAAAUGGAAAUCAUAUUUCUUAGACAGAAUUUUUGGAAUAAAUAAUAUUGAAAAUUUAAUUAGAAGAGUUACAUUUAGCUCAUAAUCAAAUAAUAGAAUUUUAAAAUUAAUAAGUUCUCAAUCUUAAAUUAUUAAGAGUUGAUUUAUCUUAUAAUAGAAUUGAAGAAAUACCAAAUAACUUUUUUCUAAAUGUUUUUUAUUUAAAUCUUUCUAAUAAUUAAAUUAAUACAGAAGGAGCUUAUUAAAUAAGUUAAGUGUUGAGUUCUAAUAAAGUUAAAUGGAUGUAUUUAGAUUUGACUAAUAAUAUAAUAAAAACAAAGGGAUUUAUUUCAAUUAUUUAUGCAUUGAUUGAAAAUACAAGUCUAACUAGUUUAUCUAUAUCUAAAAAUUAAAUUACUGGUGAAGGGAUUUUAGUAUAUAUUUUUAAUCAUGAAUAAAUUAAAUUAUAAUAUCUAGAUCUUUCAUAUAAUCAAUUAAGAUAUGAUUUAGUUUAUGCUUUAAUAUCAAUGAUGAAGGAAUCUAGAUUAAAAUCAUUAAUUUUAUCAUAAUUAUUUAAUGAUGAAAAUGAAAUAUAAAGUGGUAAAUAAGAUUGUUUUGAAAUUAAAUGUACUAAUUUGAAGGAAUUAGAUUUCAGUUACAAUCCUUAAAUAAUGUUACCUAUAUUAGAAUCACUUAGUAAAUAGUAUAAUAGAAUAGAAUAUCUCAAUUUAAAUGCUUGUGGUUUGAAUAACUCUAUUUUAAUUGAAAAAUUGAGUAUUCUAAUUGAAAAAACAUAUACAUUAACUACUCUAUAAAUAGCUUAAAAUCAUUUAGGUUCUUUAAAUCAAUAAUCUUUAGAAUAAUUAAGUAGUUCUUUUGGUAAGAAUUCAACAUUAUUAAAUAUUAAUUUAUCAAAUAAUAAAUUGAAAGACUCAAUCUAAUUUCUAAUAAAUGGAUUAUAAAAUUGUUGUUCUUUAAGAAAUUUAAAUAUUAGAAAUAAUUUGAUUGAUGAAAAUGAAAUGAUAGCUAAGAAAUUGCCAUUGUUAUUUAAAAAUAGAAAUUUAUAAAUUGUAGAUUUAUCUAAUAAUUGGAUACAUGGUAAAACUCUUUAAAAUAUUAAAAAUUGUAUAUAAAAGAUGCAUUCAUAAUUUCCAUAAUUAAUAUUAAAUAAUCUGAAACUAACAGCAGAUGAUUUAUUAAUAUUAUCAGAUAUAAUAUCAGAUAUAUCUUCAUUUAAAAUAUUAGAUAUAAGUAUUAAUAAUUCAAUUGAUUAUGUAAACAAUUUUACAGCAUUAUUAGAUCAUAAGGAAGUUAAAUCAUUAACAAUUAAUAAGAUAUAAUGUAGAUUAGAAUCUUAUUAAUUUUUAUAAUAGAUAAUGAAAUAAAAUAAUCAUUCAUUAUAAGUAAUCGAAGUCUCUAAUACUCUUAUAUCAUAAAAUUAUUUACUUACUCUAUUUCAUGGUAUGACAUAUACUAAACGUUUAAAAUCUUUUAUUCUCGAAUAUUAAUUAAUUGAAUCAAGAGAGAUACUUGAUGCCUUUUCAACUUUGAUUAAAAUUAAAGCAUUAGAUAAUUUAUAACAUUUAAUUAUUAAGAAAUCUACAUUAUCUAUUGAGUUUUUUGUAGUUUUGAAAUAAUUAUUAUAAUAGACUGAAUAACUUUAGGAAUUAGAUAUAAGUGAAAAUAGAAUAAAUUAAUAAAAGUUUGAAAUUCUAUGUGAAGGAAUAUCUAUUAAUAAUAGUUUAAUUACUUUGAAUUUAUCAAAUAUAAAAUUAGAUGAUUAUAAAUGUAGAUUAUUAAUAGAAUCUUUAUAUAAAAAUAAGACAAUAUAACAACUUGAAUUAUCAAGAAAUAAUUUGACUUAAUAAAGUUAUUACAAUUUUUUUGAAGUUUUUAAUAAUAAUAUCUGUUUAUUAUAAAAAUUAAAAUUUUCUAAAACUAAAAAGUAAUCAUUAAUUAGAGUAUUACCUGAAUAUAAAUAUGAUUUUCUUAUAAAUUUUAAUUUACCUGAAAAAUCAAAAUUUCUAUUUUGUAAUUUAGUUUAACUUGAUUUAUCUAGGGUUAAAUAUUAAUUAGGAUGUUUAAAAUAAUUAAUAAAUAGAAUUAAACCAGAUUAAAUAUUUUAAAAUAUAAUAGUACUAAUAUUUAAUGAAUGUUAAUUUGAAGAUGAACAUUGUGAAAUAUUAUUAGAUUUAUUAAUAAAUUAAAUAAAAUUAUAAGAAUUAUCAUUGGCAUCAAAUAAUAUUACAUCUAAAGGAUUUAAUAUAUUGAUUAAUUUUAUAUUAGAAAAUAAGAGUCAUUUAAGAAAGUUAAUAAUUUCUAAGUAAGAAUUUAAUAAUUAAUAUAGUAAUUGCAUAGAUUCUAACAUUCUUUCUAAAAGAUGUUUAUAAUAAUUGACAUAUUUUAAUAUUUUAAUAAUUGAUAAUAAUAAGGCUUUAGGAAAUUAAGAUUUAAUAGAAUUUUUAAGAAUAAAUCCAGGAUUAUAUAUUUAUAAUACAUGGACUUAAGUUUCAGAAGAAUUGGCAUUUUAAAUAAUAGAAUAAUAUAUUUAAUAUAGCAUUAAAUAUAAUAUAAAAAUAACACCAUUUUAUUUGAAAAGUUUGAUAAUAAGAGAUUCUAAUUUAACAGACAACUUUUUGAUUUGGUUUGGUUCUAAAUACUUUCAUUUUUAAUAUUUGGAAGCUAUUGAUUUUUCUGGUAGUACUAAAUAUAGUACAAGUGUUGGUAAGAUGCAUAUGUAUAUUAGUAUGAUAAAUGAAUAAUUUAUGAAUUAUAAUCUUAUAGAUGGUAAAAUAGAUAAUGAAUAAAGAGUAAUUAAUAUCUUUGAUGAUGGUAUAUUAUAAUGUUUUUUAAUUAAAUUAAAAAACUAUUUUCUAAGAAAUGGAAGUAAUGGAAAAUGGAUCAUUUAAUUGAUAAAUACAAAUUAUUAUUAAUAUACUGAAUUUAAGUUAAGUAGUUCAUUAUAUAGAUUUUUAAGACAAAAUAAAAUCUUAAUAAAAACCUAUUGUUUUAUUUAAUUUUUUUCAGUUCCUGUUUAGGCAUUUUUGAGUGCCAUUAUAGGAUUCUACUUUGAUCAUAAAGUAGAUCCAAAAUAAGUUAAUAUUAAUUGUAAAGAUAUAAACCCUUGCUAUUUCACAAAUUUUAAUAUUUAUAUUACAGGAGUUAGUAUAGUUUAUUUGAUUAUUACACUUUAUGUAUAGGGUUUGAGUUUGUAUGUUGCAAUUAAAAUAAGAGUAAAGGCAAUUCCAGAUUAUUGUAUUAGAACAUUUGAAGAAAAAUAAUCUUAAAUGUAUAAAUAUCCUUUAAGGCAUGAAUUAAUCUUAUUUUUUAUGCAGUUUUUCAUAUAAACUGAUUAUUAUUUUGAAUUCGAAGUAAUAGGAUUUUGUGCUAGUUUUAUAAAUUUCUUACAAUAAUAAAACAUUUAAACAGAAUUACAAUUUAAAUUUUUUGUACUUUUAUUUGCCUUAUCAUCAAUUACAAUAAUAAAAUUCAUAAUUGUUACUUACACUAAUUAUAUUAAUAUGUAUAAUCUAUUUAAAAAUUUGGAUGCAGAUUAAGCUACAUUCUUUUCACAUAUUUGGAAGAUGAGUGAAAAGAAUUAUGUAUUAGAAAGUGUAUUAAGAUAAUAUUGUCCUUAAAUUGGAAUUUAAGUCAAAAAAUUUCUAUUAAAUAGUAGAUAAAUAUCUGAAUUUACAUUAGCUUUAUUAAUCUAUUUCCCAUCAUUUAUUUGCAUAACAAUCUAUUUUAAUUUAUCCUCUCAAUAUUUUGAAUCAUAAUAUGAAUCAAUUAUUGUUCCAUCUGCAUAUAUCAUAUUUUUGAUUGGAUAAAUAAGAGUAGUUUUUGGAUUCUUUUUUCAUUUAAAUAUUGCACUUACUUCUAGACCUCCAUAAGUAAAUGGAUUCGAUUUUAAUCAUACAUUACAAUAAAGAAAAUAUUAAUAAUUUUAUAAAGAACAAGAAAGAUUCAAAACUUAAGAUGUACAUCAAGAAACUAAUUUAAUUAGUUCUGCGAAUAGUAAAAAAUGGAAAAAUGAAAAAAAGUUUUUUAUAAAAUAAAAUAAAAUUGAGUUUUGA